CAGUAAAGCCAGAAGAAGAGCUCUUCCCCUCCUCGUUCAUCACCACAGGCUGUAUCUGGUAACAUUGGCGGAAUAACACCAGGAGAGCGUCUUUUUCUGGGUGUUUUUAAAGCUGCCUUUUGCUGCGGUGAAGUUUAAAGGCAGGCAAAAUGUCGUCUUGGGUGAAAUCACCUGCGGGUGGUCGGCGGCCAUCCGGUAACCCUAACGGAAGUGCUCCACAGCCGCGUGUGUUUCGGAGGGCAGCUCCAUACCCAACCAGAGAGGAGAGGACCGAAGAGCUCAAGGAUGCCCUGGACAGUUAUGAAGAGCUAGAGCAAAUCCAAAACUACAGUGGAAGUGUGAAGUACGAGGGCUACAAGCAUCAGCCAAAUGCCAAACCAGAGGGUGGCACUCCAGCAGACAGACGUAAAACGCUGUAUCAGAAGUUCUACAGACAGGUGCAGGAGGAGAGGAAGCCAGCCGACUGCGUGGUUCUCUCUGUUACCAAACAGUGCCUGGAUUACCCCAAAUCGCUAAGCCAGUGCUUGCAGGAGCGUGGCCUGUCAGUGGAAAUGCUCUACCUUCAAGCGGAAUCGGGCCUGACCCGGGCCCUACAGGAUGUCCGAGCAGAAGGCUCCCCCUUAUGUAUUCUGGUGGAGCAGACAAACGUAGCUCUGUCCUCCUGCACUGUUAUCAUAUUCUCAGAAUCCCUCAAAAUCCAUCGAAACAUGCCCAAAGACCAGGCCAUGGACUUUGUUCUAGCAGAGUACAACCGUGGACUGGCUAAAGAGCGACCCCCGAGGGACCCGGCAGACAUUGCAGCCGAGGCGUCGCAGCUGCUCGAUGACUUUCUGGAUCGAGAAAAGAUCGCGCGCCACACCGUUCCCUCUGAAACACGUCAGCUCCUCGUACUGUUCGCUGAGGGUGUCCAUCUGUACCCCGAGGAGUUGGAAACCAUCUCGGAGUACGUGCGCUCUCGGCAGGACCACGUACAAGCUUCCAACAGUGAGGGUGAGAAAGGGAUCAUGUUACCUCCAGGGUUAGGGAAACCACCUCCUCUGCUUCCGACUCCAUCUGGGCCACCACAGCCUCAGCCUGCAUCUUUAACAGGGGGGCCCAUGGGAGACCACGCCUCACCUUCACCUGUACCCCUCUUGCCUUCACCAGUUGCUCAUCCCAAAACCAAACCUCCUCCGCUGCUCUCCUUGCAUCGUCUUCCUGGUCCGUCGUUAGGGGGCCCAAUUGUGCGAGGUCCCCUGUCGUCACACAUCCCUUACGGCGGUCCCGGUGUGCCUCGUGGGCCCCUGCUCCACCCUCCUCCUGUGUUCCACCCAGGCCCCAGAGGUCCCACUAGAGGAGCCCCUCCCACUCUAAAGAGCGCUCGCCCUCCACUUCUGUCGUCUCCAGGUGCUCCUCUUCUUCGUCAGAGUGUCCCCCGGCAUUAGGAAAUGAGAGAGACACACACACACACACACACACACACACACACACACACACACACACACACACACACAAAUUUGCAGGUUAUGAACAGUGCAUCACUUCAUGUUAGAGCAAAAGCAUCCUUUUUUAUGUUUUUAUCUAAAUUUAGCUGGAAGAUAAAUGAAAGUUGAUGUUAUGUCUUCAGCUCACCGUGGGUGGUUUGACUGGUAAUGUUAAGACACCUCCCCCCCCCCAAGGCAUCGGUGCCUUUUUUAUGUUUUGUCCGUCAGCAGUUUGGAUGUUAGGGUCUGUAACUGUUGGUGAGUGUUGCACAGGUCCAUCAGGUAGUUCGUUUAGCUGAUUGCACACAAAUACAGCCACGCAGUAAUCAAUACCCAAUCACGGCUGCAACAGGACGUCUUCUGUAUUAAACGCCUCGAGCCUACUUGCUUUGUACAGUUUUUCAACAUGGUGCUUUAAAUUUCUCGAAGUUUCUCUGGACAACAGAUAUUUCACUUUAUAAUGGUUUGUUCUUCGGAGCCAUAUUUCUGGUUCAAAUAUAACUUGAUUCAUGUGUAAUUUUAUUUGUGCCACAGAUGAAAACAGUCACUCUGAAGGACUCUGUAUGAUGCAUGCAGUAUCUUCAUGGCAGAACACAAACACGUGUAUUUGUUAAAUUGCAUUUCCUGCACUGUGCACAGUAAAAUCGCUGUCGUGUACAGUACAUUUCAGUAAAAUAAUCGUCCUUGUGACGUUGGAAUUGCAACCAUCAGCUUUGUCAGAAGACCCAGGAACAAAACAGAGUCCUUCUAUCAAAGCACAAGACUAAGCUCCAACUAUUUCCCAGCAUAAAUGAAAGAAAUGCGACUCUCUUCAUUAUAAGUCCAGUGACCACAUAUUUUCUAAAUGGCAGGUCUGAUGUGAGUAAGAAGGCUCCACAGGUUUGGUUACACACUGUGGGUUUCAGCCUUUAAGCUUAAUAUCUGUUAAAUAUGUGAUGCAGGCAGAGCACACGAGUCUGGAACAAACAACUACUUAUCAUAUGUGGCUUUUUUUGUCAUUGCUAGAAUUUCUAGCACACUGUUGUUUUGUUGCUAAUAUUUAUUAGCAUUACUGAAAAGCAUUUAUCUGGUUAAGAAGCCUUUUUCUGUUGGAGCCGCGGGAGGCUGAGGCCUCACAAAGACAAACACUUUGCUUCGCUUUUGUAGAUACUGUAAAAAUGUUGUUUUCUUCAUGUUUUUGAACCACUGUACGCUUUUCCCUUUGCUGUGCGGUUUGAACAGGUUUGGAGUCCCGAUUAUAUUUUCAAAGAAGACGUUUUUCUUUUAUUAUGAAUUAAAAUGAACAUCUUGAUACAAGUUCACCAAACUGACGCAUCUUUCUGUAAGAGUCUGAAUAGAUGUUAGUGCUCAAAUUCCUAACACAUACGUAUUGAUCAAUCUAUUUAAGUGAAUAAAACAUAAAAGUGAACCCUUUGUGUAUUUUGUACAACGAGCUGCUGCAGCAGCAGGUGAGGCCUGGACAGGCUUUGGUUUCGCUGCAUCGGUUUUUAAAGUUGUAUGACGAUUUUUUUUAAGCUCCAGUUGAAGCUCUCGCCUGGAUGGAGAUUUCUGCACUCAUUUUUAUUUCCAUACUGGAAGCUUGCCUGAGCUGCUGUACAGUAACACACAGGAAACAGCUUCCAGGCUUCAUGGUAGCGAACUGCAUAUUAAGUGGCACAGAAGUAGUUGUGUACAUUUGUAUUGGUGAGUUUCUGUCGCGUGUUUGCUGUAAUGUUCUUUUGACAUCUUAGUGUAGUUUUAAACACCAGAGUCUCUACUUUGCUCUUUUUAUACACAGUCAUGUUGCUGACCUGUUGCCAGUUGUUCCAGCUGUUUGUUUUUACUGCCACCUGCUCGUCUAGCCUUUGUUUAUCAGUUUAUAUAUGUUCAUAUAUUCUACUGUGAACAAUCAAGAUUAUUAUAUAUGGUUUUAAUUUAUUUACAGUCCUGUGCAAAAGGUUUUCGGCAGGUGAAAGGUGCUUUCAGAAAUAUAAACGAUUGUUUAUUGGCCCCAAAUGUAUUCUGCAGCAGGACAACGACCCAAACACACAGCCAAAGUCAUGAAGCGCUAUCUUCAGCGUAAAGACGAACAAGAAGUCCUGGAAGUGAUGGUGCGGCCCCCACAGAGCCCUGAUCUCAACAUCGAGUGUGUCUGGGAUCAGAGACAGAAGGAUGUGAGGACGCCGACAUCCACAGGAGAUCUGUGCUUGAUUCUCCGAGAUGUUUGGAACGACCUACCAAGAUUCGUUAUUUGUCACGAACAUGGUUAGAAAAUGGUAAAUGGCCUGCAUUUGUAUAGCGCUUUUACUCAGUCCCUAACAGUGUUGGUCAAGUUACUUGAAAAAAGUAAUCAGUAACUAAUUACU